AUGACCACCCAGUUUCCCCCGUGGCAAAACACCGCUAGAGCUAAACAACAGGCGAUCCUUGACGCAAUUCCGCCAAAAUGGAGAAUUCCUGGAUCAAUAAGUCCGGGGUCAGAAGUAGCCGAUGUUACUGGAGACUAUAUCCAGCAAUUUUUGAGUCCCAGGGAGAUAGCAAUCACUAACGCGGACGCUGUUGUGAUCACGGAGCAUACGACUUCGGGAAAAUGGAGAUCUGUAGAAGUGACGGAAGCCUUUUGUCAUAGAGCAGCAAUUGCACAUCAGCUGGUUAAUUGUUUACAUGAGAUCUUUUUCGAUGCAGCUAUAAUUGCCGCCAGGAAGCUCGACGCCUACUUCACAGAAAAGGGGCGUCCAGUAGGACCUUUACACGGUCUUCCAGUCAGCCUGAAAGACCAAUUCCAUGUGCCAGGGGUUGAGACGACGAUGGGCUACGUCGGGUGGAUAGGAACUUUCGAAGGGAAACGGGGAGACCGUCGUGCAAAAACCUUUAAGAGUGAGCUCGUGCGCGAAUUGCAAAACCUUGGUGCGGUGCUCUUCUGCAAGACUAGUGUACCAGCGACUCUGAUGGCUGGCGAAACGGCCAAUCACAUAGUCGGCUAUACAUGUAAUCCGAAGAACCGUCAACUCUCUGCUGGGGGUAGCUCUGGCGGCGAGGGAGCAUUGAUUGCACUCCAGGGAUCGCCGGCUGGUUUUGGGACUGAUAUUGGUGGAAGUAUCCGUGUGCCGGCUGUCUUCAAUGGCCUUUUUGGCCUCCGUCCUUCCACAGGCCGAAUGCCUUACGAAGGUGCAGCAAACUCGAUGGAUGGCCAAAACACAAUUUUGUCAGUGAUUGGGCCAAUCGCAAGAAGCGUUUCUUCACUCAGGUUGCUUUUUCGGGCUGUUCUUUCUGAGAAACCGUGGUUACAUGACCCGCUGGUUUUGGAGCUGGCUUGGCGAGAUUCCAUUGAAUUGGAUCUGAGGUCGCAGAUCGAGAGCAACGGGGAGGUUCUUACGUUUGGAGUCAUGCUCCAUGAUGGAUUUGUUCAGCCUCACCCACCAGUGCAGCGUGCCAUCAAGAUGGUAGUUGACACUUUGAAUCGGCUGGGUCACCGUACUAUCGAGUGGCAUCCUCCUUCGCACCAAGAGGCUCUUGAAAUAGCUACAACGGCCUUCAGCCUGGACGGGGGCGAGGAUAUCCUGUCUCAGCUUUCACUAUCUGGCGAAACAUUACUUCCGCAAAGUUUCAUUAACAGCGGCACACAGAAAAAUGCCAGCCAGGUAGCCGCAUUGAAUGUCCGGAAACGACAGUACCAGAAAGCUUACCUAGAGUACUGGAAUUCCACCACGCAGCUUACCGGUACUGGGCGGCCAGUUGACGCUAUUAUUUGUCCUGUUGCGGCCCAAGCAGCCGUUAUCCCUGGACACUUUAGGGACGUUGGGUACACUACAUUUGUUAGCGUCCUAGAUUACACUAGCAUGGUUAUUCCAGUCACUCAUGUGGAUAAAACCUUGGACAGAAACCCAGUCCAAGCUAAGUACCUCAGUGAGGUAGAUAAACUGGUCACAUUGGACUAUGACGCAGUUAUCUUCGAUGGUGCUCCGGUUGGGAUUCAGCUGGUCGGUCGGCGAUUGCAGGAGGAAAAGAUUCUCACUCUAGCUGAAUAUGUGCAGAUGCUCAAGGAGCAAAUUUCAUACUUGCAACAAUCCACUAGCCAACGUUCUAAUUCCAGAGACAGCCAGAUUUCAAGCCCAGCCGGCUCCAGUGCGACAGAUCAGUUGGCACAAAGUACUGCUAAUGUUGCGAGGUCAACUCCAGCCCCCUCAGUAUCUCCCGAAGAGAUCGAGUAUCAGCUUUCCCCGCGCUCAGAGCUGCAUCAGCAUCAGCGAUCACAUCCUGAACCGACCCUUUCGAAUGUCGUCAGUGCUAUGGGAGCGGCUAUACCGGAUAUCUGUGACAUCCGGAGCCCCGACGAAUACUACGGCCAGUCUUCUCUCGUGUCGUUCAUUCAACAGUGUACCCAUACCUCUGCAAACCAAAAAUCUGGACGGGUUCCAACGUCCCGAUCUACUCAACCUAUUACUCCAUCCACCCUAUCUACAACCCUCACCGAAUACCCUCUGAAAUGCUACCUCUCCCGUGAUUUUUCGCUACCACAGCGCCGAGUCGCGGACUGGCUUCUAGGGAUCUACUUCGAGACUUCUCACAUGUUCUAUCCCUGGGUGCAUAGGGAAAGUUUCAUGACAUGUUAUGAGCAACUGUGGUCUAGCAAUGACGAGGAAACUCCGAAUGGCCUACCUGACGUGGGCAUCGGGGGAUCAGGGUGCUCGAUGGAGGUAUUUCAUUGUGCUUUGAAUGCUAUUUUCGCGAUUGCAUGCGAAUUCUCCAACAUGCCCGUCAAAGAGAAACAGUCCUCUAGUUUGAUGUUUUAUGACCGCAUGAAAGGCCUUAUGAGCAUCGAUAUACUGGAUAGUGGGAAUCUGGGCCACGUGCAGGCACUGCUGCUAGCCUCACUAUAUCUACAAUGCACACCUUAUCCUCGACGUUGCUGGAACGCUGUGGGUAUGGCAUAUCGGAUAUCAGUUGGUAUUGGAUUGCAUCUAAGUCGAAGCUGCGAUGAAUUGACUACUUUGGAGCGAGAGAUUCGCUGGCGAGUCUGGUGCGCCUGCGUGCAGAUGGACAUCAUGGUCAGCAUGACUAUGGGACGCCCGUCCAUGACUCGACUCCCAUGCAAAAUUCCCCUCCCCUCACCAGUUGAUGACAGAUGUUUGUCGACAGUGACUCAAUCGGACGCACAAUCACAAGCAGGCGCAAUCUCCCACAAUCAGUUCGUAUACGAGAAUAUGAGACUUAUUGGGAUCCUGGGUAGCAUACUUUCAGCGAUUUAUCAUAGUACUGAGGCAGAUACUGGCAAAGGACCACUCCAAUUGCCUCCCUCAGAUGGACAAGCCGUCAUGGAUAUCGAACGUGCUUUAGAGGGCUUUCAGUCGUCACUCCAUCCUGGCCUCCGAUGGGACUCUAAUCAGGCAGAGGAUUACCCGAUAUCCAAGACUGAUUCAUGGUCCGAAUUAGGCCAGCGGUAUUGUGCAGAGGGCUGUGUCCUAGCCGCCUGUGAGCUCAUUGAAUCAUUGUCAAAGUCGACAGUGCAGGGUGCUACGGCGGCCUGGUGGUACGGGAUAUUCUAUCUCAUUAGUGCUGGUGUUAUUCUUAUCGCAGUAGAGACAAACGGCACGGUAAUCGAUGGUGUGAGCAGCCGUCGACGAGACGACGCAUGGAAUUCUUGUUUGCAAACUCUAUUUCUCAUGGUGGAUGUUCAUCCCUCCGCCCGGGAUUAUGCCAUCGCCUUGAAUGGUUUGAAACAACAACGUGAACAGCUAACACAACCGGGUAAACACGCAGGGGAAAGUGGAGCAGACACUGGCCAGGAUGGAGAUGCAGUGCAUAACGUAGCUCGUGACAUUCCGGACGGCAAUUGCCAUUACAGUGCUCCAAUUACUGCUCCGAGCCCCCUUUUGCACGGUUGGGACUUUGGCUUGGAUGAUCUCAGGCUUUCUCAUUUUCUGCAGGGGAUCGACGAGGAUUUUCUAUUUCCCAACCCACCCUGA